GAAACUCCCUGCUCUCUGCAACAAGCAUCUCUCAGUCACACAAGGCAACGCUGUGCUUCCACCUGUAAUCAUGGUGUGUUUGAGAAAGUCAGACAUGAAGUGGAAUACUCUUUAUCUCCUAACACUCUUCACGCGCUUCUCUACAACCAGAGCUCAGUCAUGUAAAGAUGUUAUCUCAGACUGUUGGAAUCAAGAUCCUACAGUUUGGACCAGGUGUUAUGAGGAUCAAAUUACGACAUGCUUACUACGGGGCCGUUCCAGUCUCUUCUUUCGCAACGAGGUGAACCUAUCACAGCAGGCUGAAGUGAAGCUUGGAUUAGCUUACAGGGUCCAAGUCCCAUCCUCAGCUCUUCAGAGAAGCAGAGGAGUACAGUCAGACCACACUGUCAUGAUUGUGGCCACGUUGAUCAACAGUAGUUUUUUUCAGCCAACACCUUAUCAGAAGAGACGUAAAGUGUUAAUAAACCAGCAGCUCGUUCUAGGAGACCAGGUCCUAUUUGUGAAGGUUGGAAGCCAGCCAGUCAGCAAUCUUACUGAGCGUGUCCAGUUAAACUUCAACAAUGAAAAAAUGGUGAAAAAUGGAAGGUGUGUGUUUUGGAGGGAGCCACAUCUCAUGAAUGAAAUAGGCCAGUGGAGCACUGAAGGCUGUGACACCAUUACAACUAGAGAGGAAUACAUUUGCAGCUGCAAUCACCUGAGCUUUUUUGCUGUGCUUGUGAAUCCAGAAUUGAAUUCAAAGGUGGAUGAACGUAAUGCUGCGACCCUCACCUACAUCACCUACAUUGGAUCAGCGCUCUCUGCCCUCUUUGCAUUCGGCAGUCUGAUCAUCUACGUUGCUCUGCAUCGCCGGCGUCCUGAGAAGGCCCUCGGCAUCCACAUGCAGCUAUCGGGGGCAUUGUUGUGCCUCCACCUCAGCUUCCUGAGCUGCAACUUCUGGAUAUUUCUGCUAAAUGAGAAGGAGGACAGCUGGGUUUGUCGAGGUUUGGGUCUCUUUCUGCACUGGUCUCUGCUGGCCACGUUGACCUGGGUGGCCCUCGAAGGAUUCCACCUUUAUCUGCUCCUCAUCCGAGUCUUUAACAUCUAUGUCAGAAGAUAUCUGCUCAAACUCUGCAUAGUGGGAUGGGGCCUUCCUACCUUUUUUGUAGUGAUUUGUGGGAUUUUAGGUGUUUAUGGCAAAUAUACUAUGGAAAUAAGGGAUUCCAACAACCACACAUCAACAUCACAAAUAUGCUGGAUGAGCAGCGAGUUCCAACAGAGACGUUUAGUCAUGUACAUCACUCUGGCUUUUCUCUGCCUGGUGGUGCUGUAUAACUUCUGCAUCCUGUUGCUGGUGGUGUUUAAAAUCUGGGGGUUAAGAACUGGCAGAAAAGACUAUGACUGGGAGAAGACGAACAAGGAAAGAGGCACCAGGUUAUGGAAGGACUGUGCCACAGUUCUGGGCCUCAGCUGUGUACUGGGCUUACCGUGGGGUUUAGCCAGCCUCACUUAUGCUACCUUGCCUGGAAUCUACUUGUUCACCAUCUUAAACUCUCUGCAAGGUGUAUUUAUGUUUCUAUGGUCUGUGGCUUUGACGUGCAAGUCUAGAUCGGAAAAUAACUCAUCAGUCCCAGAUCCUUCCUCUCAGAAAAUGAUGACAACCAGCUUCAACAACUGAUAUUUGCAGCAAAAACAAACACAGUGCCUACAUUAGGCGUUGGCUGACCAUUGGACUACUUUUAUAUGCUUUAAUGUAUUACAAACAAUAAUUCUUUUUGCUCAUUUUUAUCUUUUCUGAGAUUUCCUCAAAUAUAUAGUGCUCCAGAAAAAAUAUGUCCUUGACAUGUAUUUAUUGUGCAGUUUUAUUUCUUAUAAAUUACCAAGCAAAGUCAUAUUUUUGUUUUUAAUGAAUAUACCAGUAAAUAAAUAAAAAUUCAAAAAAA